AUGGACGAUUUUAAUAUCUUCGAUGCUAAAUCUCCUGCAGUGCAAGUUAGUGGAGGACUUCAUAUAGGUUUCGGACUAACAGAGAAACUAAGCGUCUCACUACCAAACUAUAUUGAAACGGCAAUCGAAGUAGGCAAAGUUGUGAACCAUACAGUUAUCGCUAUAUUAACCGGAAACAUUGCCUUUCUCGUAGAGGACAUUGUGACGUUCGCUUCAACCGCAAGACAUUGUAAAGCAGAAUGUAAACGUCUUGGCGAGCAAAUGAAAAUUGCUCGUGAUUCCGCCAAAGAUUUGUUAGACAAAUUAGAUUCGAAUCCAAAGGAGGUUGAAGAUAAAAAUUUUGUGACAGCGUUAAAAGCGUUCGCUAUUGUAUUGGAGGAUGGACGUGCUGUGGUGAAGCAACAUGCGGAAGCAAAGUAUGGUCUAAAAAUUUUUCACGCAAGAAAGUUUGCUGCGGAGUUUCAGGAUAUCGAAGAGCGAUUGGACCAGGCUUGUAAUCGACUGAAUCUCGCGCUCAAUAUUCGACGGUACGUUGAUAGUCAAGAUUGGGAAGAAACACAUCGUGUAUGGCAUGAAGAAGACAAAGUCGCUUUUGAACAGUUGAAUACGAUAGUAAAAGAAUCGUUGGAUGUGAUUCGAAGCGAUCAACGUUUAAAAGCUUCCGCAAUAGAAAUACUAAAUCAAACAAAUAUACCAACGAUUGUCUUUUCUGAUUGGAAGCAAUUCAAAACGGAUCGACUUUUUACCGCCACAUAUCAUACUGUGGACGAAAAUAAGCACCCGUUAGCUAUUAAAACUGUUGUUAAAGCAACCAGAGCAAAGGAAUCGAACCCUAAUGAAAUGAAAUCAUUUUCCCUUGAAGUUGCCUAUCUAAAAAAGCUGGCACCAUGUCCAAACAUCGUAAAAUUAAUAGGAACAACAUCAACACGUGGGAUUAUGGCACUUGUAUUAGAGUAUUGUGAAAAUGGUGAUCUUCAGUCAUUGAUCGCAGCUGGAGAUUUAAAAGGUGAUUGGGGUAAAAAAAGAGCGAUAGCUUUAGGUAUUACACAAGGUCUCGCAUAUCUUCAUGAAGCAGGAAUUUUUCACAAAUACAUUAAUAGUGGUAACAUACUUAUAGAUAAUCAUUAUCGACCGAGAAUCACGAGUUUCCGGAAAUCACGCUGGAUGAGCGUAGGAAGUUUGGGAGAAGUCGAUUAUUUUGAAGAACAAAUUCGUUGGAUGGCUCCUGAACGUCUUGGAGAUGAUGUAACAACUUUCACAGCCGCCUGCGAUGUUUAUUCAUUUGGUAUUGUGUAUUAUGAGAUUAUAACCGAGAAAUUCCCAUGGCAAGGACUUCAAUUGGAUGCAGUCUACAAUAUUAGAAAAAAGGAAGGAAAAGAGCUCUCACUUGAUCCUGACAUUCCACCAGCAAUUUCAAAUGUAUUUACUAGUUGCAUACAUCAUAACCCACAGCUACGCUUCUCAACCAAAGAAAUUAUCAACCACCUCGAAGCUAUUCGCCCUGAAGAAUUAGAGACGUCAAUCACGACGGAAGAACCACUACCAGACUUGGAAUUGGAAUCUGUAAUAAUGGCAGAGGAGAAUCCAAAAUAUUUAUCAGCACCUUUGCAGACUAGUCUUUCGUUGUCGGAUGUCUCGGAUGAUGAUGAGGGGCCUUCACCAAUGGAAAUUUUGGAUAAUGGUGAAACACAUCAUAAAGUACGUGAGUGGGUAAAAGCACGUGAAGAAUUUGUAAAAGUAGAGAAGAUAUUUUCGCAUGCUUGUUAUCGGCUUGGCGAAUAUUAUUAUUAUGGAAAAGGCGUGACGCAAGACUUUGCUAAGGGAUUAGAAUAUUUUGAAAGAGCAAGGAAUGAUGAUAAUGGUGAUGCAAUGGACAUGUUAGGGUAUAUAUAUUUAACGGGUAAGGGAGGACCCAAAGAUCGGCAUAAAGCUGUAGCACUUUUCCGCGAUGCAGUAAAGAAAGAGACGCCUCUCGGAAUGUAUCAUUUAGGUGUCUGCUACUUUAAAGGAUGGGGAGGGUUGACAAAGGAUACAGUACAGGCCAAAAGUCUAAUAUUUAAGGCGGCAAGAAUGGGAAAUGACGAAGCACAAAAAUUCGCACAUUCACAAAAGUGGGAUGUUCAGAUGUGA